AUGUUUUCAGAAAUCAUAGAAACACCAAAAUUUGCUUACAAAUUUGGAAUAAAGAAAAGUUCAGAGUUACCAUUAGAGACUGUGGAAAAAAUUCUCUUAGCCAGGAUUCUGAAGUUAUUGGUGAAAAUCGAGAAACUUAUUCAAGUUUCUAUAGUUGAAAAGAAAGUUUUUAAACUGGAAGAAAAAUCUUGA